GUCGCUCUUUCAACAGCUUCUCGUGCCACACUGCAACGUAAGUUAAUUGAAGAACGCAUUUCCUCAAGUUUUAGAACGUAUUUUGUCCACGUGUUAAAAGGCCUUGUGUUAAUCAAUCUUUUUUUAAAGCCCUAUUUCCUACAAAAACUGUGUCACUUGAGUUUGAAAAUAACUCAAUCGCUCUAUUAAUGCUCAAUAUCAAUCAACGGUUUGCUGUUAAAAUUAUCGCAAGCCUGCGAUCGCCGGGCGGUGGCACACGCACACCAAUUUUUUUUUUGACUCCACAUGUUAUUAUUCAAGGUCAGCCCGACGACACGGUCUGUUAUGCUUGUUAUGCAUUCUCCUAUCGGUUAUGUAGCGCUGGCCGAUGGGCCAAUGUAAAGCAAUGUUUGUGUGCGUGCAGGUUCCCACAUAAAGCGCGUACCGUUCAGCAUUAAAGAACGAUACUGAUAGAUCGAUUAUACGUUCAGGGAAAGGCCUUCUUGUUGAUUAAUUUCAUUUAAAAUUAUACACCAAAUAGUAGUUCAUUGAAACAUUCAAAAUACAAUAAGAUUGGUCCGUCGUAUCGAUCAUCUGUGACAAAACGGAAAGAGUUUACAGUGGUGUGCGUGAAACGAAACCGAUCGCCGCUCGCGAUCGCGCAGGCUGAUCGAUGUAAACCGGCUUGCAUUGUUGUCAGAUCUUGCGCGAACGACGGACCGCCGUGAUCUCUGUGGUGCGCCCUUACUGUUCUUUCAAUAUUUUCUUAGUGUCGUGGAUAGGUUAAAAAGAUGCCUUUGACCUUUUAAGUUAGAAACUAUUGUUUACAUAUUGUAAAGAGCAAUGAAUCUUCCAAGACAAAUUACGAAACGUUUGCGUGGCUUUUCAUCGGUAGCCAACGAACCCUCGAAAAGGACGGUUAAAAGCUUCGAUGAAAUACCCGGCCCAAGAGGACCGCUCGGACUGGGCAAUCUGUACCAGUACAUACCGGGUAUAGGACGCUACAGCUUCGAUGAGCUGCACCGUUCCGGCGAGGACAAAUACCGCCAGUAUGGUUCGAUCGUGCGCGAAACAAUGGUCCCGGGGCAGGAUAUUGUGUGGCUUUACGAUCCGGACGAUGUGGCGACCGUGCUGGACGAUCGGACACCGGGCAUGUAUCCGUCGCGACGGAGCCACACGGCGCUGGAAAAAUAUCGCAAGGAUCGUCCGAACGUUUACCGCACCGCCGGGCUGCUGCCGACCAACGGUGCAGAAUGGUGGAAAAUUCGCUCCGAGCUGCAGAAGGGCCUCAGCUCACCGCAGAAUGUGCGCAAUUUUCUGCCCGCCACGGACAAAAUAACGAAAGAGUUCGUUACUCGCCUGAGAGCGCAAACGGAGCCAGGCAAAAGCAUCCUAAUAGAGGACUUUAUGCCACUGGUCUCGCGGCUCAAUCUGGAAUUGAUCUGCUUGCUUGCCUUCGACGUACGGUUGGACAGCUUCUCGGAGGAACAGAUGGACCCGGGCUCACUUUCCUCCCGCCUGAUGGAAUCGGCCGAAACGACCAACUCCUGCAUCCUGCCCACCGACCAGGGCUUCCAGCUGUGGCGCUACUUUGAAACUCCUGCGUACAGACGGUUGCGCAAAGCGCAAGAGUUUAUGGAAAUGACGGCCGUUGAGCUGGUGUCCCAGAAGCUGCUCUACUUCAACGAGGACCAGCAACGGUUGGCAAGCGGCGAGCAUGGUUCCAAGUCGCUCAUGGAGGAGUACCUGCGCAAUCCGAACCUGGAGCUGAACGACAUCAUCGGCAUGGCUUCGGAUCUGCUGCUGGCCGGUGUGCAUACGACCAGCUACACCACCGCCUUCGCCCUCUACCAUUUGGGGUUGCACGGGGCCACCGCACAGGACCGGCUGUACCGGGAGGCGAAGAAAAUUCUUCCCGAUCCAAAGGAAAAUCGAAUCGGUGCGGCUGUGCUGGGAUCGGAAGCUUCGUACUGUCGCGCGGUUCUAAAGGAAACGUUACGCCUCAAUCCGAUCUCCAUCGGGGUAGGACGCAUCCUUAAUCGCGACCACGUUCUCGGCGGUUAUCAAGUACCACGUGGAACGGUGAUUGUGACGCAGAACAUGAUUUCGUGCCGUCAGGAGGCUUACUUUCGUGAUCCGCAGCUAUUCCUCCCCGAACGGUGGAUGCGUGAGACAAAGGAACCAGUGCAUCCGCACCUGGUGCUUCCGUUUGGCCACGGUAUGCGCUCAUGCAUCGCACGUCGGUUGGCCGAACAGAGCAUGCUUGUGCUGCUUCUAAGGCUGAUACGUUCUUUCGAGAUUGAGUGGGCAGGAACCGUUCCGAUGGAUGUGAAAACGAAACUAAUCAAUCAACCCGACCAACCGAUAAGGCUACGAAUGAAGGCGAGAACUUCAGAAGGGAGAGAAAGUAGAAAGCAAAUGAGUUAAAUUUAUAAUUACCAAUAUGUGCAAAUAUAGAAUUUAAAGGCCAAAAACACAAACGAGAUUCUGGUUUUCAUUGGAAAGAAAUUUCAAUUCUCUGCCCAUGGAAAGAGAUAAUCCACAUGAAAGGGUGGAAACAAUAGCUAACCGUAUUCUUUCGGUAUCUUGCCUCAAGUAUUUUCAAUUUUCAAAAUUGUGUGUGUGUGGAUCUUUUUCUUUACUUCAACAUCCCUUCAUCCUGUCCUGCGCCACUUUCUCUCGCCCUUUACGAAUGUUGUAUUGAUUUGAACAU